GAAGCAACAGCGGUCGUAAACUUGCCUCUGUAGAAUUGUUGGCCUACAACAAAGUUGGUAAACAGCAGUGGUUGAAUGGGGACGUCAGCAAGUCAAAAUAAAGUCUUUUUCGAGUUGUGACCAUUGCAUUUCUUUUACAAAAAAUUCAAAAUUGUUUGCUAAGCUUCAAGUACUCACUCAAAGUCUGAAAAAAUGUCUACAUAAAUGUGCAAAUGUUGCUUAUGUGAAACAAACUGAUCUAAGCUUCAUAACAAAACAACCGAACAUAUGGAAACCGACUGCCACUACGAAGCAUCAAUUUGUUUUUACAAAAACAUAGGUUUUUACGUCGUCGGCAUCGUUCUUCACUUCACAUAAGCUCCUGAACUCCGAAUUCAAAAUGACACAGCCGCGUUAUGAACUGCUGAAUAGCAGCAGUAAACAAGAAGAUGCUACCAGAGGAGGACUUUUAAGACGUGGUGCAUUCGGUGCACUUGACGAAGAAGGAGACGAUGAAAAUGAAGAGAUUGAACUGGGAACAGAGCACCGUAUUAGGUAUGAAAGCGAUGAGGACGACAGCUAUGUAAAUCGACAAUUAGCGGAAAAAUUCGUUCCUCGUGAUAAUGUGCACAAUGAAACUGGUGUAUUAGAGGGAUCGCCAACAACUGCCCGUAUAGCCGGCUCUCGUCUAUUGCAAAUGGCAAUUGGAACCGUAAUGAUUAUUCUACUAUACUUAAUGCUUUCUAUAGGACUAACAUUCUAUCAACAAAAAUUAAUAAAGAAACUAAAAUACCCUAUGACCAUCGUUGCUUACCAUUUAAUAAUAAAGUUUUUCCUCUCUGCCGCUGUGAGGGAGAUUUACAAAUUGUGGCUUGGCAAAGCAAGAGUGAAAAUAGAUUUACACACGGCAUGGCAAAAAAUGGCUCCAGCAGGCAUAGCAAGUGGCAUUGAUAUUGGUUUCUCAAAUUGGGGGCUUGAACUAGUGCCCAUCUCUUUAUACACUAUGACGAAAUCAUCGACUAUUGUCUUUAUACUCAUAUUUGCGAUCAUGCUUGGAUUGGAAAAAAAGAGUUGUUUCCUAAUUUUUAUUGUCGGCCUCAUUGCGUUAGGACUGUUUAUGUUCACUUACGAAUCAGCACAAUUCAAUACGCUCGGGUUUAUAUUCCUUCUCCUGGCAUCGCUCAGCAGCGGAAUCCGGUGGAGUUUUGCGCAGUUCGUUAUGCAGAAGUCUAAAUUGGGUCUACAUAAUCCAAUUGAUAUGAUAUAUCAUAUGCAGCCAUGGAUGAUUGCCUCAGUAUUACCAUUCUUAAUCACUUUUGAAGCAAACCAACUUUAUACCGAUAUGUGUAAUCUGCCAAACAUACCCACUGGAGUUAUUGUACGCAAUAUGAUUUAUAUAACCUUUGGUGCUGUUUUAGCUUUUCUAAUGGAGUGUAGCGAAUAUUUGGUGCUUUCGAAAACAUCUGGCUUAACACUUUCUAUUGCUGGAAUUUUCAAGGAUAUUUGCCAACUUGCUCUUGGAGUGGAAUUAAACGGUGAUCAAUUGAGCUUAAUAAACGUGUUUGGAUUAGUUGUUUGUUUAGCUGGUAUUUGUAUGCAUUUAUUACACAAAUAUUUAACUCUUACAAGAACGGAAGAACUCGAUAUGGGUGAUGACGAUGGUGACUUUCAUUUCACUGAAUCUAACAUCAGUCCAACAACAAAUGGUAACGGCCAUCAAACUGGCUUCAACGCCGGCGCAAGUGGAAAUGCAUUAACCAACGUAAUGCAAAAGAAACACUCGUCGCAAACAGUGCCGUUGUUAGAACAAAGUGAUUCUGAUGAUUCUAAUAAUGACAAUGAGCAAAGCGCAUCAGAUGUUAUAUUUGACGUAUUGAAACGAAGAGAUAUGCAGCGAUAAGUAAAAGUUCUUUAGGCAUUUUUAAAUAGUAAUUAGUAUUACGAUUCGUAAACUGGCUGAUAGGCUAGAAAAUGUAAAUGUUGUAAAAAUCAUUCCGUAUGUAUUUAACUUUCGAGUAAAUAAUCUGCACUUAAAACUGUGAAAACUUUUUAGUAAGUAAGUGGAUUUUUUGAGGAAUUCUAUCAUUUAUUUUUCAAAAAAAAAAACCUAUUCUAUAAGCUUCUAUCCUCUUUUAGUUUGUAUAUACAUAAUGCAUACGUAUUAAUUAAUGCAAUUUAUUUAACUUGAAAAUGCA